UUAAAAGAGACGUCUGUCGCCUUCGUGCGUUACAUUCGCUCUUCUCAUCCUUCUGCUACUGUCUUGAUCUGCUCUAGUCACUUUUAUACACUUAAAGCUCCGGAGAUCCUGAGGAAAGAUGACUUUCUACGAUGACAUUUACCCAUUCUACCCCCUACAAAGAACCUCCUUUAUCUUCAGCACCCACCUCCUCACCAUUAUCCUGGUCUUCCUGGUCCUCAYGGUCAGCUUCCUUCUAAUUCUGCCAGGUAUCAGAGGCAAGUCGAGACUAUUCUGGAUGUUCAGGAUCAUCAUCAGUUUAUUCGUAGGCGUUGUGAUAGUGGCACUGAAUUUCACCAGCGACUGGGCUGAGGCCCGAGCCACCACCAACACCACCUACAAGUCCUUCAGCAGUGAGGAGGUGAACGCUGAAGUGGGACUGCACAUAGGACUGUAUGGUAUUAACAUUACUUUAAGAGGGAAUCCUGUGAAUCAACUCAACGAGACCAUCAACUACAACGAGAUGUUUGCGUGGAAAGACACCAUCGAUGAGGAGUACGGGAACGCCUUAGAGAGAGGUCUACCUAACCCCAUCCUCUAUAUCGCUGAGAAGUUUACCCUCAACAACCCAUGUGGCCUCAUCUACCAGUAUAGAUACUCUGGGCGCUAUGCCUCGGCCACCCUCUGGACAGCGUUCUGCUGCUGGCUGGUAGCCAAUGUGCUGUUCUCCAUGCCUGUCAUCCUGUACGCCGGCUACAUGAUGGUGGCCACUGCCGCCUUCAUCUUCUUCUCCAUGGCCUCUUUCUCCACUAUCAUGAACCUGCCUACCUGUCUGUUCACCAUCGGCACCUCUGGAGCCUUCCAGACAGAGUACAGCGGUUCUUUCUGGCUGGCGCUGGCCACAGGUGUGCUGUGUUUAAUCAUUGGAGUCCUGGUGGUUCUGUUGGACUGUCUGAUCCCUGGGAAGAUACGAGAGGCCUUCAGUGUCGGGGUGGACAACGACGAAGAUGAGGAUGUUUAUUUUGGAGAGGGAUACCUGAACUCCAACUUCCUGGCAGGAGUAACCACCACACCUUUGACAACCUUAGUGCUUCCUACAGAUGAAAUUCGGAAUGUCAGCCGCCAACCAUCACUCCAGGAGCUGUCAGUCAGAAUGUAACGGAGUCGGAUUUAUAACCUCCUAUCCCCUGCUUGAAAUGUCUCCACCCGCGCUAUCGAAUCGCUAGCUUUUUUGCAGCGUAGUUGGCUAAGACGUUGUCAAGGAGGGGGGUCAAGUGUGUUUGCGGGGCAGAGGUCCCAGCUUCUAGGUGUGAGCUGGAUGGGGAGGAAGUAGUAUGGCUAAGCUAGCACGGUGAUGGAGGAAGUGGUAUUGCUAAGCUAGCACGGUGAGCUAGGAAGUGGUAUGGCUACGCUAGCAUGGUGAGGGAGGAAGUGGUAUGGCUACGCUAGCAUGGUGAGGGAGGAAKUGGUAUGGCUACGCUAGCACGGUUAGCUAGGAAGUGGUAUGGCUAAGCUAGCAUGGUGAGGAAGUGGUAUGGCUAAGCUAGCACGUUGAGGAAGUGGUAUGGCUAGCUAGCACAGUGAGGAAGUGGUAUGGCUAAGCUAGCACGGUGAGGGAGGCUAGCACUAUCACAAGCACAGUGACAUCUGUGUCUGUCACGUCAAACAAUAUUCUCUCAACUUGAAAAACAAUUAUCAUUGCAGUUACCAAGAAAAAUGUGUUUAACUUUGUGAAUUAGUUGUGAAUAUCUCUGGGAGCCCUUUAAACCUACUGUACAAUAUAUUUAGGUAUGUAAAUCAUGUAUAUACGUAUAAUGUGUUAAUGCCAUAAUUGGUUAAUAUGUACUGUAUAUAUACGUGUCGUAUCUGUGCCAUUUGUCAUGUUCCAAUAGUGUAACAAAAAUUAAACAAACGUGUGAGAUUCACAUACUUUUAAUGGACAUCGUUGAGUCGGGUAUUCAAGUCAUUGAUGAUCUGCUUCUUGUGUAAUGAACAUAAGAGUAAAGUGUGAACGAACAAGUCGCUUGCGUCCCAAAUGGCACCCUAUUCCCUAUAUAGUGCACUACUUUUGACCAGAGCCCUACAGAAC